AUGUCACAUUACUGGAUGGAUGGUGGUAAUGAGCAGAACACCUGGUAUAGUAAUCAGGCAAAUGCUGGUUACGAACAAUUUGAUUACAGUCAACAACAAACAUCACCACUAUAUGGUCCAACGUUUCACUCAGAACAGCAACAGCAACACAUGCAAAACAUGUAUAAUAAUCAGUUCUUCAUUCCAUCUCAAUCAGAAAUUCAGUGCAAGAAUAGUUUAGAAACCGAACCUCCACUUUUGGAAGAACUUGGAAUUAAUUUCAGUCAUAUUAGGCAGAAAACAUUUGCAGUAUUAAAUCCGGCUGGCUCUGUGGCACCUGAUGUUAUAGCUGACCAAGAUUUAGCUGGCCCACUUGUAUUUUGCCUUCUGUUUGGCGCAGCUUUAUUACUUCAUGGCAAAGUACGCUUAUCACAUUUUAAUAAAGCUCCUCAUAUGCACUUUGGGUACAUAUAUGGAAUUGGCGCUUUGGGAUGCAUUGGAAUGUAUGCAUUACUGAAUUUAAUGGCUGAGGAUCGCAGUAUUUCAUUUACUUGUACAGCUAGCGUUCUUGGAUACUGUUUGCUACCAAUGGCUAUAGUGAGUAUAGUAGCUGUGGUCCUUUCCUUUCAGGGCAUAGUGGGAUACUUGAUAGCAGGCGCUGCUGUUAUAUGGUGCAGUGUUGCUUCGUCGAAAUUAUUUGUCACUACUUUAUCUUUGAAUGGGCAAAGAUUGUUAGUAGCUUAUCCAUGUGCCCUUUUAUACUGUGUUUUUGCUCUUCUUGCUAUUUUUUAA